AUGGAGUACACAGCCUCACCGAAGCCGCAGCUCUCCUCUCGGGCAAAUGCGUUCUCCAUAGCCGCUUUAAUGUCCAGUGGGAAAACUAAGGACAAGGAAGCGGAGGAAAACACAAUCAAACCACUGGAACAAUUUGUAGAGAAGUCCUCUUGCAACCAGAGCUUGGGGGAGAUGCCCUCCCUGGAGUCUCACGGCGAGUUCAACAGCCCGGCUCCGGCGGUGUGCACCGAACCGCUCAUUCCCACCACUCCCGGCGUACCGAGUGAGGAGAUGGCCAAAAUUUCCUGCAGCCUGGAGACCAAAGAGCUCUGGGACAAAUUUCAUGAUCUCGGUACGGAAAUGAUCAUCACCAAAUCUGGAAGAAGAAUGUUUCCAACCAUCCGCGUGUCUUUUUCUGGGGUCGACCCUGACGCCAAAUACAUCGUGUUGAUGGACAUUGUUCCAGUGGACAACAAGAGAUAUCGCUAUGCCUACCAUCGGUCAUCGUGGCUCGUGGCCGGGAAAGCUGACCCCCCCUUGCCAGCAAGGUUGUAUGUCCAUCCAGACUCUCCUUUUACUGGGGAACAGUUACUGAAACAGAUGGUGUCCUUCGAAAAAGUCAAACUCACCAAUAACGAACUGGACCAACACGGACAUAUCAUUCUGAACUCCAUGCACAAGUACCAGCCGAGGGUCCACAUCAUCAAGAAGAAGGACCACACCGCCUCAUUGCUCAACCUCAAGUCCGAGGAGUUCCGCACCUUCAUCUUCACAGAGACAGUCUUCACGGCCGUAACUGCCUACCAGAACCAGCUGAUAACCAAGCUGAAGAUUGACAGCAACCCGUUUGCCAAAGGCUUCCGAGACUCCUCCAGACUCACGGACAUUGAGAGGGAAAGUGUUGAGAAUUUGAUCCAUAAGCACUCAUACGCCCGGUCACCCAUCAGGACAUACGCAGGCGAGGAGGAGGGCCUCGGCGAGGACGGACUCUCCGCACACGGCAGGGGCUCAGCCUUCACUGCCUCAGACAACCUGUCUCUGAGCUCCUGGGUGACCACCACCUCGGGCUUCUCCGGCUUCCAGCACCCCCAGUCCCUCUCGGCCAUCGGCUCCAGCGCGGCCUCCCUGGGCAGCCCCCUGCCCCACCCCAUCCAGGGCUCCCUACCCCCCUACAGCCGCCUGGGGGUGCCCCUGACGCCCUCGGCCCUGGCCGGCUCCAUGCAGGGCAGCGGGCCCACCUUCCCCUCCUUCCACAUGCCCCGCUACCACCACUACUUCCAGCAGGGCCCGUACGCCGCCAUCCAGGGACUGCGCCACUCCUCCACCGUCAUGACGCCGUUCGUAUGACUGCCGUGAUUGGUAG